AUGGAUGGUGCUACCUUCUCCAAAAGAAUAAGUGUACUGGAUAGAUCUAUAAGGGAGCUUGAGGUGGAUGCCUCUGAAGAAAAGGAAUCGAAGAUAGAGGACAUGUUUCGGAUCUGUGACCGCCUUGUUGAGUGUGGGCAGCAAUCCCCUAGACUUGUAAGGCAGUACAACGAGCUAAAGAAUAGGUACAAAUACAUGCCAAGACCCUAUAAAGAGCUAGAUGACGAAAUAUCUGCAUGCAAGAUACACAUUGAAGCGAUGGGCAGGAAGGGUACGAUUGAUGAGGUAGCCAAGAGUGUACAGGAAGUUAUUGCAGUUUCAGAUUACAUAAACUAUGCAGUUAAUGAUGCUAUACUUCCCAUUGACAAUGUCAUGGAACGCCUUGAAGAAGGAGAGCAGUAUGGAAUGCUUAUAAAUGAACAGCUAGGGAUCACUAGACAAAGAAAGCUUUGGAGAGCUGGGAUCAUUAGAUCCAUACUGCUCAUUCUCUUCAUCUUAGUUGCAGUACUCAUGGUUGUUAGGCUUUCCUUUUGA